AUGGAUCUGGCCAUUGCUAUGCUGGAGACGCAAGUCUCACCUUUGUGCACUACCGAAACUAUGACCACCAACCACACCUCCGGCGAUGCUAAAACCGGCGAGGCCACUAACUUUGGCAUUUGUCUUGGGAGCGAGGAUCACUACGACUUCAAUGUUGAGGUUGCUCGCCAUAGAAAUGGACAAAAUGGGCUGGAUGACCCGAUCACCGACGGCAUCGCCACCUACGAGAGCGCCAUUCGAUGGAUCCAGGCGCAGGCCCGCUAG